AUGGCAACAAAUAAUGAUAAUGAUUCUAAUAAAAUCAUUGCUCAAAAUAAUAUUGCUGAAUAUGAACAAUACGAUGAUUUUGAUAUAUCAGAAGAGAUAUAUACUCACUUAAGAUCUCAUCACAAUAGUCAAACAACUUCGAUUUUAAAACCUAGAGAAGAACAAAUCUUAUCACAACAAAUGGGUCAAUUAUUAACAAAGAAAAUAACCAAUAAGAAAGUAUCUUUCAUUAAUAAUAUUCAAAAUGAAAUCAAUAAAACUCCUCAUUGGUUAACGAAACAGAACAAAUCUUUUCAACAAAUCAUUGAUCAAGCACUCAACAUCAUACCAAUAAACGCAUCAAAUCCUCAUAGAAAUGAAUUAAGAAAAAUAGCCAUCUUAAUUUAUAAAAUAAAGGUUAUUCCAAUGUAUCAACGUUUAUGGACAAUAUAUUUUAAAUCGAGUACAGGACAAUUGAUUCAAGAACUAAAAGGACAAUAUAUGUAUCAAAUUAAUUUAAAAUUUUGGCCAAAAGAAGUGAAAACAAUUUUACAAUCAACAAUAUUGAAUAGAACAAAUGAAGAUCAACUUUGUACACAGAUUGUUCAUGAUCAUUUACAUUAUUUAGAUGAUCAAUUAAAAGAAAAUCAAAUAGAAUGGAAUAAGACAACAAAUAGUUUCAAUAGUUACACAUUAAAAGUAGAAUAA